GGGAAACACUCAAAAUAGUUGACUGCUUCGCACUUAGCUCUUAUAUCAGUUAAGAAGGUAAAGGUGAAGACAAAACAUACUAAAAUGAAUUUUGCUAUUUUUUCCUCCUUGUAUUUACUGUGGAUGUUUUUAUCUCAGUGUGCCGAUGGUUCCGUUACCAUAAGUUCAUCAGCAGCGACUGUUCCGGAGGGGUCACCACUAACAUUAACAUGCACGUAUAUUGGAAUUGAUCACCUAUACUUAAUAAAAUGGAUAAACAAUGGAAACAAUUCGACACAAAAAUACGUUAUACCAAUCAACCAACCUGAACCAUGUUCAAUAUUUGGAAAACCUGGUCUCAACGAAAGUCUCUUCACCUACACCUGUCUCACGCUGACCAUAAAUGUGACACGGGAUAAUCAGAACGACAACUUUACGUGUCAAGCAAAUUUAAAUUUAAAGAGUGGUAAUAGUGUUAUCGUCAGUGUGUCAGUGCCUAUAUCAACAGUAGUUUUGACAUCACCGACCAAUGCAAGUGCCACUGUCAACGCGGGCUCAUCGAAGAAAUUCACGUGUCAUACAUCUGGGGGUCUUCCACAACCAACGGUGGAGUGGUAUAAGACGUCUAGUAGCAGCUGUACCAGGAAUGGCGUCAAGUUAAUAAAUUCCAUAUCCAGUUCUCCGUCUGAAAUCAAUGGUCUUAUACAGGUGGAAAGCUCACUGUUAUUCACAGCAUCCAGUUCGGAUGAUAGUCUCUGGAUUUGCUGCGCGGCAAGUAAUAUCAACUCUGAGUGGAAACUGUCAGGAACGAAGCUUCUAGACGUAAGAUAUCCUCCACCUAAUCCGCCAGUGAUUGACGACUUCAACACAAUAACGGACUACCAGAUGAUAGAGAAUAGCCCUGAACGGCUGACAUGUAGGAGUACUGGUGGAAAUCCUCUUGCCAGCCUUGCGUGGAGCUGUUACAAUGGCACCGAGUCAAACCCUAUCAUUAGCGGCGAUUCAGUCAGUCGUUCUGUACAGUUCACAGCGCGGCGUAACCAAGACAAUUCGUGUACGUGUACUGCCACGCAUGAGGCGGGACCAUUGCAACAGGCUAUAUUGGACGUCAAUAUUAUGUAUCCCCCUUCAAUCCCGGAAUUCAAACUAAACGGUACACCAGUGAGCAUCGUGAUUAGCAUAAUUAAAGACAGUGCUCAGACGGUGACGUGUCACAGUUUAGGAAAACCCAAUCCAUCUACAAACGAUUUCACUUGGACAAAAGGAAGUGUCGUUGUUAGUUCAAACUCGGUUUUAAGCUGGACCGGCGGAAUCAAAAUUCAGGACGGAGGCAGUUACAAAUGUAUCGUAACAACAACGAUGACACCUUCGGAUACCAGCAAAACUCCAGUUACAACAGAGGUAUCUUCUGAUGUCACCAUGAAUGUUCUAUACGGUCCGUCCACACCGGAAAUACGAAUGAACACUUUGAGUGGAGACGUGAUAAUGGACCAGAUCACGGUUGUGACUAACAGGCAGUUUGAUUUGGCAUGCAAGUCGACUGCGCAUCCAACCGCAAAUUACAGUUGGACAGGCGACUCAAGAACAGAUCACACACAGAUUCUACAGGAUAUCAUUACCACAAAGACAAACACUUCAAGGACUUGUACUGCCCAUAAUGUGCUGAAACCGUCCGUCGGAAGUAAGCAGACUCGAUCCUCGUCAGCUUCUAUAGCCGUGUUAAUAAAUUAUCCACCCGAGUCUGUCACUAUACGGCACACAACAGAAAAUGGUAACAUGGUUUUAUCCAAUUACAACAUCAUGGAAAGAGCAAACUUGAAGCUAUUUUGCGAUAGUCAAAGCAACCCAUCAUCAGCAUUUUCCUGGACAGGAUCAAACAUACUGCAGAAUGAGAGUGUUCUUCUCCGCAAUAAUAUAAGCAGGUCGGAGAAGGGUCAUUUGUCAUGUACGGCUAGAAAUACUAUGACGCAUAUGGACCAGCUUGUGGAAGGAUUGUCGUCUGCAAAUAUUACACUCAACAUUCUCUAUUCGCCACGGUUGCAUCAACUGUCCCGGCAUAACGCCCUGGAAGGUAAAAACUUAACUCUGAAAUGUGAAUACGAGCCAGGGUACCCAACAGAAACAACAGUCGUAAUUACUCGGUUAAACGACCGGAUUACCUGGACCGAAAUAACACAUUUCAUUCCAUCACUGAAGAGAAGCGAUGCUGGUAUAUACAGUUGCACAAUUCGUAACAUCAUGAAGCCAACGGGACAACAAAAUGAAAUCGUUGGAGAGGAUACUGGAAUAUUCGAAAUUAACGUUUGGUACAAAUCUUCUGUGUCCAAGUUUGGUUUAACCAGUCAUCCCGACGCGGUUAAUGUUACUGUUGAUGAAAACGCAGCUCUUAACUUCUUCUGUGAAGUUGACAGUAACCCAAACUCCACCAUUAUAUUUGGAAGAUCGGACAGGCUACAGGACAACGUUGUUCUAAAUAGAACCGACGGGUUUCUUCAUUUGGCAUUUGAUGUUCAACAAGCCGGCUGUCUUGAUACAGCAAGUUACUAUUGUCUUGGUUAUAACAACUACACAGAUAUUGAAACGGCGCCAAGAAAACAAAUGGACGUUUAUGUUCGAUGUUCACCAAGAGCAUCAGGAGGUCAACAGAAAAUCAAUGUUACCGGGGUCAUUGACGGGAAUGCAACGUUUUCGUUUGAUGUCGUUGCAUAUCCUGUUCCAAACGAAGAAGGAUAUGUAUGGCACAAAUGGAAUGGAACAACGUAUUCUAAAGUUCACAACAGUGACAAAUACACCAUCAACAAUGCCGGUGUUUUAACAACAUUCACCAUCAAUGCUAUUGAGCAAGAAGAUUUUUCAACCUACCUGCUUACGGUGUCAAAUGGAAUAAGUCCAGACCUCAACAAAAUAUUCAACUUAAAACCUCAAGAUGUCCCGCAGUGUCCGACUGAUGUAACAUUCAUUGCAACGACCUCGUCUUCAGCUACUGUGGAGUGGACCAGUCGCUUUAAUGGUGGCCUUACGCAAACAUUUUUUAUUUUGUAUAAAGCAAAUGAAAAUUCAGAAUACUUGGUUCAUACGGAAGAUGAGCUCGACCAGAAGAUACAAUACGAAACCGCAAUAAAGGGAUUAAAAGACGGAACGACGUAUGAUGUCAUUAUAUUCUCAAGAAACGAAAAAGGAAAUUGUAAACAAAAUACUUCACUCCAAUUCGAAACUAAACUUCUUGUUGAUUCCCCGCCGCCAUCAAAUGCAGCAUUGAUCAGAGGUUUGGCUGGUGGUAUUUCUUCAGUUUGCGUUGCAAUCGUCGUCGUCGUUGUUGUUGUUCUUGUUUUACGGAAACGAAUGUCUUAUAAAAAAGGUGAAUCACGUCAGGCACUCACCAAGGGCCAAAAAUUGCGGACUUUAAACGCUGUCGAAGAAGACGCAGAUGAUCUUCCUGAUGAGGUUGAAAAUCCAAUGUAUGAAAGCUCACAACCUGCAGCAAUGAAGCAGGACUCUCCUGAUGUCCUUUACGCGUUGCCCAAGAAAAAGGGUGGCGAUAUAUACGCUGUAGUAGACAAAAAAAACAAGCGACCAACUAAAUCCCAAGGCACAAAGAAGCAAAAGAAUGAUGCGCACGACAACGCCGGGUUCGAUAUUUACGAGAAUAAUCAAUCUCCUCAACAUCCAGCCAAGAAAAACGUCAAUCAUGACGGUCUUGUCUAUGCUGAUAUCGUAUUCGCUAAUCCUCCGAAAGGUCAAAAACGCUUGGUUAUUCAUGGAAUUGACGACAUGACUGUGUAUGCUGAUGUUGAUCUGACUAAGAAAGUUGAUCCUCUUCCUGAUAGCGACGGAGAAGAUGGUGGUAAAAAAGAACCCGGUAAAAAAUAAAAACACUGUAAUCCUACACUGAAAUUACAUAUUUUAACGUAUUAAUGUAAUAUUUUACUUUUCAUUUGUAUAUUAUGUGAUAAAUGUCGUGUUUUUUUUUUUAAAUACGUAUACGACACUGAUACAAUGCCAUUUACUGUAGACAACUCUAUAGUGUCUUUUCAUGGUGCACUAUCCAGUAUAAUAGAGUGGCAAUCAGUUUUGUGUUAGCUUAUAUAAGAGCCACAACAAUGACAAAAUAAGAAUAUUCAUUCGUAAUUUAUGAUCCCCAUCUUACAGAUUUGGCCAAACACUUAGGUGUACAGUCGAAACUGGCUUGCUCUAUAUCGCUUGACUCGAUUUACUCGUUGGCUCGAACUUGAUGUAAAGAACCGAAUUAAUUUUACUAUUUUUUUCUAUGUAUUUAUUUCCGCUUUGCUUGAUUUUCACGAGACUCGAAGUAUUUUGGUCGGUCCCUGAGAUAUUGAUCCAACGGGUCUCGACUGUAUAACAUUUUUGUUAGACAAAUCAACUUUGAUGCCAGCCAAUCACCUGAAUAUUACCGUACUGAAAUGUGUGCAUAUUACUGAUAAUGGUUUUAAACUACAUAUGUAAAUAUAUAUCCUCUAAUAAUUAUUCAAAUAAUUGUGUUCUUUAGCGUAUGUUUGCUAUUAGUGUGUUGAUGUCCAGGUUAUUUAUAAUACAUAGAAUGGGUUUAAAACCCACUAAUCGCUUUUUCGCAUGUCCAUUAUUAAUCUUGCUUGAACAGCUCAGUUCCCUUAACACUAUAACAAUUCAGCUUAUAUUGUUUGGAGACUUAUAUUACACCUUAAGUACCAACAAACAUGUCUUCCACCAAGUACAAACAUUUAUCGCUAACAUCGAACACACUCACCGUCUCUGGCUCGUCUAAGUAACUUUUCCUUUCCUUCAAUUUCUCUUUCCACUCUAUUUCUUCACUCCUGUUCUGUCUUCCGCACUACAAAAUGCCAAACGUAUUUUUAUGCUUAUAGAAAUACAUGUAUAUUAAAUUAUUUUAGAUUCUCGAUUUCUCCACUGUGACAACUAUCAAUGUUUGUUUAUUCCUCUUUAGUGUUCUAUUGUAAAUUAUGAAUAAAAUAUGACAACAUGUCAACUUUGGUAUUUCACCCAACAUGUCAACUAUUCUAAUGAUAUAUAGAAAAAAGACUUAGAUAAAGCAGUUAUGCCUUAUUAUAAAUCUUGUACAUGUGUACUUAAAUUCCUUGUAGAACUAAUUAUUGAUUUGUCUUACCUCAAAUAUUAACUAUGAUGACUAAUUUGUGAUUAUCUGCCUAUUACACUUGCUAUUAUGUGUGUUUUUGAACUUACUAUAUUACCAGAAUAAAACUAAACUAAACUCGUGUUGUCAAUCAAUAGUU